AUGGUCGCAAUGGACGGGAAAAAAGUCACGGUCACCUAUACUGAUGAAUUCGGUAUUUGGCAACAUCUUGCUGACGAAUUUCGACAACACUUUCCUCUUCGAAAUUUACACUGGAAGUCGGCAAAAGGUCCUUUGCGUAAUAUCCAAGUAUUGGGCGUAGAACUAAAACGGUUUAACCCAGAUACAACAGAACAGUCUCACAUGAACCCCGAAACUUUACUCGAAAAACCAUACCUAAAUUUAUAUUUUGUUAAUUGUGAUGAUAAUGAAAAAUAUCGUCAAAUAGUCAAGAACAAAAUUCGGGAAUGGUUAAACAUUGUGGAUUCUAAACGAAAACAAGAAUGGCUAAUUGUUUAUGUUACCAAACAAGAAACUAUGAGAAAUGCCGCUAGAUAUUUUAUGAAAGGGACUGUUUUUGAUAAGAUCAAAGCAGAUUUUAAUUCAUCAAGACGUGAGAGAUGCGUGCAAUUAAGAUUAGCUGAAAAUGAUUCUGAGGAUUAUGAAGCUUGGCAAGAAUUAAUAACUAAAAUUAAAGAAGGGAUCUUGUGUAGUUUUGACCAGCAUGUGAUAACUUAUGAAGAAGAAAUUAAAAAGUUCGACUCUCAAAGAAGCAUAGUCGGAUGGAAUUAUUGUAGAUCUUUUAUUUUAAAAGAAAGAUUGGCCUUGACCUUUGAAAUUAUGAAUUUAUUUGAGGAAGCUUUGGUUCAAUAUGAUGAAUUAGAAGCAUCGUUUUUCCAAGUUUUGAAAGACAGGGCACUUGCUUGGUUUGGUAGCUUUGGUGCUACGGACCCAAAUGAUGAUAGUGAUAAUAUCUUGGAUAUUAAAAAGAAACAAUAUAGAGAUCUUAUAAUGCAAAAUACAACUUCUGAAUUCGAUUUCAGAUGUUAUCUUUUCGCGAGGCAAUGUCAGUUAUUAGGGAGGUUACAUAGACCUGUUGAUAUAUGUCGGAGGGCGCAAUUUUUCAUUUCAACCUUUUGCAGGGCAAUUAAAGAGCAUCAAGCAAAUAUAGGAGAGCAUUUUUUAGAAUCAUGGAUCUUUUCAUCAUGUAUGAGUGUUGUUAACGAAUGUGAGGAAUUGGCUCCACUAACUUCAAUGGAUGAUUCAAGCACGAUCGCAUUCAACGCUGCUAAGGGAGAGCUAUUAGACUUGGCAAGAAAACAGCUAGAUAAAAUUGGAAUUUAUUACGAUCAUUUGCCAUCUUUGCUUCCGUUUACAGCAUCACUAGGUGACGUAAUUCCUCCAGCUACUGAUGAAGAGGGUAAAGCCAAAAAAAAUUUCUCUAUUACGAAUAAGGAAUUGCAAGAAGCCAUUAAUUCGCAAAAUGAUUUUGAUGUACUUUAUUUAUCGUUGACAAAUAGAGCACUUGGAGCUUAUGAAGGUAGUGCACGUCUUCGAAGUGUAUUGCGAUUACAAGGAGAUGUUGCUGCAUUACAUUUUGAUGGAAGAUAUUCCAUGGCGUUAUGGAGAACAAGGAUGGACAGUUGUUGA